AUGGCCAAGGAACAAACUAAGGAGUCCAAAUCUGAGGACAAUUACGAUGCAAGAAUGCCAGCGGUUUUACCGUUUGCUCAACCCCUAGCCUCCAAGAAACUCAAUAAGAAGCUACUUAAAACCGUGAAAAAAGCAUCCAAGGCUAAAAAUGUUAAGAGAGGCGUGAAGGAAGUAGUCAAGGCUUUGAGAAAGGGCGAAAAGGGCUUGGUCAUUAUAGCAGGUGACAUCUCACCUGCAGAUGUGAUCUCUCACCUGCCUGUUUUAUGUGAGGACAGCUCAGUUCCAUAUAUUUUUGUUCCCUCGAAGCAGGACUUGGGUUCUGCGGGUGCCACCAAGAGACCAACAUCAGUGGUUUUCAUCGUGCCCGGUAGCAAUAAGAAGAAGGAAGGUAAGGCCAAGGAAGACGAAUAUAAGGAGUCCUUUAACGAGGUGGUAAAAGAAGUUGAAGCUCUAUGA